UUUCUGAAUAUAUAAAUAUAUUGUUUAUAAAGUGAUUUAUUUACAUCUAUUGUGCUUUUAUUAAAGGCAGUGAAGAAAACCUGUGUCUCGUCGAGCAUCAGGACGGAGUGAAAUGUGUUUGAGGUGCUGAACGGCUUCCUUCAGCCAACACCAGCACUUUAUUCACAUUUUAUCACAUCAACACCUUCAGGAUGAAGACUUUACUCGCAGCAUAUUCAGGGGUUAAAAAAGGUUCAGGUUCUUGGUUCCUCUCGGCUCUGCAGGAUCUUCCUUCAGCUCCAUGGCUCUCCAAAUCCAAACUGGUGAAGCAGUUGCAGGCCAUCUCUGUCCUUCAGUUCGUCAUCACCUUCCUUGUUCUGGGCAUUACUGCCACGGUGGUGCUGCUCUACCUGUUGUUUACAGACUGCUGGGUAAUCUCAGCUGUUUACAUCGCCUGGCUGAUCUUCGACUGGAACACACCUAAACAAGGUGGCCGCAGAUCGAGGUGGGUGAGGAACUGGACCGUCUGGACGUAUUUCAAAGAUUAUUUUCCUGUCACACUCAUCAAGACCCAUGACUUACCUCCUAACCGUAACUACAUUUUUGGGUACCAUCCUCACGGUAUAUUCUGCUUCGGAGCCUUCUGUAACUUCUCCACAGAGGCCACGGGAUUCUCCAAGAAAUUCCCCGGGAUCAAGCCAUCCCUCGCCACGCUGGCUGGAAACUUCCGCUUACCUCUGCUGAGGGAUUAUUUAAUGUCUGGAGGUAUUUGUCCGGUUAAUCGGAACUCCAUUGAUUAUCUCCUGACCAAAAAUGGGACGGGGAAUGCCGUGGUCAUCGUGGUGGGCGGGGCUGCUGAGUCUCUAAAUUGCGCCCCGGGGAUGAACUCUGUCACCCUGAGGAACCGGAAAGGCUUCAUCAAACUCGCACUGCAGAAAGGAGCGGACCUGGUGCCCGUGUACUCAUUCGGGGAGAACGAGGUGUAUAAGCAGGUGAUAUUUGAGGAGGGUUCCAGGUGGCGUUGGGUUCAGAAGAAGCUGCAGAAGCUGCUGGGUUUCGCUCCCUGCAUCUUCCAUGGCUGUGGAUUUUUCUCCACCGAAUCCUGGGGCUUUGUCCCGUAUGGAAAACCCAUUAACACCGUCGUUGGAGAACCGAUCACCAUGCCCAAGCUGGAGGAGCCGAGUCCAGACGUGGUGGAAAUGUACCACACCAUGUACAUCAACUCUCUCACCACGUUGUUCGAUAAAUACAAGACAUGCUUCGGCCUGAAAGAGUCUGACAUCCUCCACAUUCACUGAGAAGAUUAUAUUUUUCAUCAAACACAAACACAGACCACAGAAACCUGAAGCCAUAAAGACAGUGAUCACGGCUGUGUUCCAAUUCUGUCCACUUCCCUUCUCUGCUGCUCACUUCCUCUCGACUGAAUCCCUCUAAGCAUGGUUUCAAGAACAAACCUUUUUCUUGGAGGAUAUAGAAAUGAACUCGAGACUCCUCUUCUUCCCUGCCAUUCCAGUAUUCCAUCAUCUUGUUUUGCAUAUUAAAACCUGAUUGGUUCUUAUAUUUGAUGAUGUAAUAACUCAACUUCAGAUUCAUCAAGUUAAGAUGUUAAAAGAGUCAGAAACAGAGAACAUUUUCUUACUUGGGGCACAUUUGGGGCCGAUCUUGUUCUUAUAUAAGAGUUUGUGUGCAUUAUAUGAGCAGGUAAUGAGAGUGAGAUGAGCUUUAAUUGAUCGUUAAAUGAGCGUUUGAUGAGCUUUAUACGAAUAUCAGCGUUAGUUGAGAGUUAGAUAUGUUAUAUGAGUAUUAGAUGAGCGUUCAUUGAGUAUCUAAUAAAAGUUAAUUGAAUGGUAUAUAAGCAUUAAAUAUCAGCUUUAUAUCAGCAGUAGAUGAGCAUUAGAUGAGUGUUAGUUGAGCAUCCAAUGUACACUUUAUAAACGUUUUAUAUCAACGUUAGAUGAGUGUUAAAUCAGUGUUAGAUGAGCUGAUUGAGUCGCUGUAGACCUGAGAGCCCUCAAAUAAGAAGUCUGAAUCCAAAAUAGCUUCCUGGUGCUCGUACACGUUCCUGCACAGUCUGCACAAGUGAUAAGUUCAUUUCCCCUCUUUGAGUGCCCUGAUUUGAGGUGAUGACGAGGGUGUGUAAAAACGUUAUUGUAACAGCGAUAAUCAGAUCAGGUGUAAAAUAGGCUGAAUUAUCUUCUCUCUGGGUGUAAAAUCAGGUUUAUUUAAUCCUGUAAGUUAUUAUUCUCAUCAUUUUAUUAUGGUUUUUAUUUUUUAUUUAAUUUCUUUUGCACGAGCAAUGCAAUGUCAGAAACAGACCCACCUGUAGGCAGAGAGACAGACUGUGGUUGUGUUUGGACAGGAAACAGGAAGUGAUCAUGGUGCUUGGUGAAGCUGAGAGUGUGUUGUGAAGGAAAACAGGGUAUGGUGAUGACGGACGGCUGCAGAAGUCUGAUCGAAUCUGUGUAACAUGUAAAUCAGCGUGUUAGUGUGUGAUUGUGGUUUACUGUAAUGAAUCAUUCACCAACUGCAAUAAUAAUCAUCCUGUUUAUGCUGAAAUGUAAAGUAUUUCUGUAUCUCGCACACUUACACAAAAUGAGCUGAUUCUGAAAAUUUAACUUUUGUAUGUUUUUGGAAUAAAAAUAACAUUUUAAA